AUGUCACGACCUAAAAUCAUUAAAAAACCUUCCAUGAGGAAGAAGGCUGAAGCCCCAAGUGCUGCUGACGUCUAUACGGAUGCACUUGGGUUUGUUGCUAUGGAUUACAAUGUCCCAGGACUUUCCAAAGUUAUCCUUUCCAAGUUAAAUAUGCAAAGCUACGAUGAUUACAGAGCAGCUUUGGAGGGAAGGAAACAUGCAUCAGGUUUUGGAAUCCGCACUUACCAGGAGAUGUUUCAGAAGAUGGAGGACACCUUUAAAUUCUGCGCAGAGUGCAAGAAGCUUCCGGAAGCUCUGCCAGAUCCCAGAGCUCUUCGACGCUGCAAGAGGUGCCAGAAUGUCUAUUACUGCGGAACCGAAUGUCAACGAGCGAGCUGGCCAGUGCACAAGAAGUUAUGCAAGAAAUUAAAAUGGGCCACGGUUGACAGGCUGGUUGAGUGGCUGGUGUUCACAGGUGACAUUCCUUUUCCGGGUGGAAACUGGACGAAAGCUGUGUCUGAGGUGAAAGGUUGGGAUGUUUGGUUCUUGAUGCAAGAGGACCUCGACACCAAACUAAACACGAUUCUGAACUGUAAGUACAUGAAGAUAUUGUGGGAAAAUGCGGGGAAACCACAGCCUGAAGAUGAGGAGCUUUUGGAAUCCAUCAGACGGGUGACCACUGACUUUCAGGCAAGGCCAGUUACCAUCGGAUUAGCCCUGCACAGUUUCGGCAUUGACCCGUUGGAAAAGCCCAUCACCAUUCAUGUCAUUGGUGCCUCUCACACUGAGACCCUUAAUGCCAGACUUACAGACUAUGAUGAGCUUGCCCAUAUGUUUCCAGGCAACGAAGGGAUCGAGGUUGUCAUGAUUGGGCCUGAGGUGGUGGCAGGGCCGACUCUCCGACCCCCCUUGCAGUCUUACGCCGGCAGGAGGCGGGUGUAUCUGAGUGGCUGGAAGGGACUGUACCACAUGUAUUGGGAGACAAUGGUGGAGUCAGGGCAAGCUGCUCGGCCGAGUUUGGUAGUAGGAUUUCAUCCAGGAUUCCAUGCUUCACAGGGCCUGAUUGAGGGUUGGCUGCCAACACUUCUACUGUUGAGGGACUACAAGAUCCCAUCUUUCUUUACAAUGUACAGUGAACAGGAAUUGAAGUAUUCCCUUGAGAUCCUUCAGGAGCUCGAAACCAAAAUCAUUGGCUAUGGAACAAAUCCUUUCGCCUCCCUGAAACUAGAACAGGUGCAGUCCGACCCCAACAAGCAGCUGAUCCACAGCAACUCCAGCUAUCUGAUGUUCCUGGGAGCCAUGGAGUCCAUGGGUGGAAUGUACAUGGAGGACCUGGGACAAGAGACCUUCCUUCGAACAUAA